CGUUGACGUCGUCUGCUGCAGCCCACAUUUUUAUGAAAAAGAACGACAAUAAGAGCUCGAGAUUUUUUGAAUGCUUUCGUUAAAAGCAUAUGCUGUUGUUAUUUAUGCUGUCUAGGCUCAGCCCACUCUCGUUGCAUUGAAAGUCACACUAUAAUCAAGCGGAAAAAGUAGUCGCACGGCAUCUUAAUAUUUCCACAUCAAGCAUCAAUUAGAUCGUCCGUUUUGAUGAGAAAGUUUCCCAUGCCCUGCUUGUUGUGGCACGCAUGUGAACUCGUUAAUUAUCGACUGAAGCCCACCACGCAGUUUCUUUGCUGCUUGCUUCUGUGCCUCAGUGCAACAGCCACAAUGCCUGGCUCAGCGGGCAGGAUGGAUAGUGUUUCGCUCCAUUCCAGAACAGUUGAUUCCUGUGAUACUGCCGGCUGCCAAGAGUGUCUUCCGGCAACAACACCCACAACCAGGCCCUACUUCAGGUCAGCUCUGACACGUUCUGUCUAUUCCAAGAUCCUGGUGGACGAAGAGUUCAAGAAAUUCGACAGGACCAAGUGGUAUAAGGUGAACGUGGAAGCGUUGGAGCCGGAGGCCGCCGAGUUGUUCCUCCAGCUGGACUGGGCCGACGCCGAGACGCAGGUGUUUCUGGAGCGUUGCCAGGAGCGCUCGGACGCCGUCUUCACUCAACUUUUCCACCUGGUGGCCCGCACGCUUCUCGCUCCUUUCGUCAGCCAAACAUCCAUUAACGGGAUUCUGAGAAGAGGAUCGAUGUUUGUCAUCUCGGACCGGCAAUUCCGGCGACUGUUCCACCUUGCGGAUGAUUACCGGGCCGAGCGGAUGCUGGAUCUGGGCGCCGGCGAUGGAGCGACGACGGCACUUCUGUCCGGCAUGUUCGACAAUGUCCACGUCACGGAAAUGUCGUGGCCAAUGAAGCGGAUCCUGGCGGCCAGAGGCUUUGCGGUUGAGGAUGUCGAAGGAUGGAACCAGCGGAGAGACGGUUACGACGUCAUCUGCGCGCUCAACUUGCUGGAUCGCUGCUCGCGUCCGCUGACUCUCCUCGAACAGAUGAGAGGCGCCCUCAAACCCAACGGCUUGGUCCUGGUGGCCCUGGCCUGGCCGUUCCGUCCCUACGUCGAGUUCUCUAGCAACGGCGACCACCAGCCGGAACAGGUGCUGGACGUCCGGGGGCAGAGCUUCGAAGAUCAAGCCACCAGCAUGAUGGACAACGUUUUGAAACCGGUUGGCUUCCGGGUGGUUUCCUGGUCGCGUUUACCUUACCUGUGCGAGGGCGACCUGGAACGAACCUUUUACCAUCUCAAUGACAUGAUCUUCGCACUCAAAUUGAGCGAUUGAUUUGAUUCGAUUUGAUGUUGGGAGUUGUUUUUGUUUGGUGUCGGGCAUGAUUUAUUCCCUCAACUGUAAUCCGUCGUUCCAUUCCUAUUCGUUUCUUCGUUUUCUGAUCGUUUGACUGUGAAGGUAAAAUCUUAACCCAACUGCUCGAUAGGUGGAAGCACAACAAAAGGUAAUAGCGAAGCAAUGAUUAUCAAUCAAAUCUUUCACAUGAGGAGAAGAAAUAAAAAUUACCUUCUUCUUCUUCUUCCUCUUCUUUCUUUUUAUGACAUUCGGAAAUGUUUCGGGUAUUUCCAUGUUCCCUGUGAGAUAGAUCUUGCCAAAAAAAGAAAAAAAAAACUAACCAAAUUCUCCUGUGACUCUCUCUUCUUCCACGCUGUAGACUUGUAUUUGGAAAAUACUAGAUGGUUCUAUAAAUAUCAAACGAUUGAAAAUCUGGAA